AUGGCUUUUAAGUCCUUUCUGGUCCUGGGAUUGUUCCUACGACUGCUCCCUGGCCGUGGGCUGGAUCAGAGUGUCUUCUGCAGCUACUCUAUGGCUGCCAGCAACGGAGACACAUGCCAGUCCUUCGCCACAAGCUGGGGUAUUACCCUUGCUAACUUUGAGUUAUUGAAUCCCUAUCUCCGUUGUUCCACGCUUGUAGUUGGUCGGAGCUACUGCGUGAUUGGCAGCGUCUCGUCGGCCACAACCAAAUCGACAACGACGACGACGUCCACUACCUCUAUUACUAGCUUUAAGCAUACGGCCACGGGAUCGUCGUUGCCCUCCCCUACCAAAUUCGGCAUCACCGCGGCCCAGUUGUUCGCGGCCUGGAACCCCUCCAUUAACGCAGAAUGCACCAUCUAUUCGGUCCGAUUAUGCGCAUCCACAUUGAAAAGACACUCCCUCAGCUACAAAACCGGUCGCACGACGCUGAGGAAGAGUCGUGGGACUCUCCUGGUUUGUGAUGUGACGCCGUUGCCGCAGAACUUCGAGUCUGGCACGGGAGAGAGCCCGCUGAUUCCGAUGAAUGGCGGCGGAGCAGAUUUAUACCGUAUCUUUGGAUCUGAGGCGUCUUUGAGUGUGUCAGAUAUGACGCGGUGGAGCAACAUGGGAGGGAGAAGAGCUGGAGUCAGCCGUUGGCGAUGGAUCGAGUCGACGUGGAUGAUGUGUCGACGCUGUUUGAUCUGCAGCUGGUGUAUUUUGAUGUCAGAGCCUAGUUGUUCGGGCGAGGAUGCUCUGAGAACGUUAAGAGUGUGUCAGGCGGUGCAGCAGGCGUUGGAGACAGGCGAGACGGUAGACCUGUGA